AUGUGCCGCAUCGUACUGCUCGUACAGACCCAGGGACGUCAACCAUCAGCUGGGAGCGGGGCUCCCAAGUAUCCCAGGACGGGGGAUAGCCGCGCCACCGGACGAGAUAACUCGUCCGACGUCCGUUCACGUCGCGGUGGUUCAACAGCUGCUCAACUAGAUAGCGCUGGCCACCGCGAGAGUCCUCUAAUGGAGGUGGAGGAGGAGGGAAGACGCUCUCCACACGAUCAUGGGGAUCCGUGUGUUCCCGAGAGCUUCUUUGAUCGCGUAACGCAAGCGUUACGCUACGAUCUCGAACAUUAG